UGGCGCUUAAUUUUUAUACUUCAAGGGUUUACUUACCUAAAUUUCAACGUUAAAAUAUUAGACAGAUUUUUUUAGCGCGUGCGCCCGGAUACUGAAUGUUGGAAGCUGCGACAAAGAAGGUUUCCAGACGUAUAGUAUGGUAUGUUAUGGCAUACCACACCAAGCAAGCGCAUCAGUGAUUCGCUAUUCCUUUUGUAAGGUUUCACAACCUCGUUUCUAGGUAUUUUUUCGUCCUGGCGACAAGGAAAAUGUCAGAACAGGCAACAGGUCAUGAAAGGAGUUUGAAAAAACUGUGUUUUCCAGUUUAAAAAUAUAGUUUCAGUCUUACUGUUUUUGUAAAAAUUUGAUUUGUCAUUGGUUUAUAUUGAAAUUUGCUCUAAAAAAAGGGGGCGAUGUGAGAAAUCACGAAAAUAUGUGAAGAAGCGCAAAUUUAUUAAUUUUAAAGUGAAAUGUUAAAACACGUCUCCCAUUUCAUGAGAAAGUUCUUAACGUGCGUAAUCCUAUGAAGAAUGUUUCAAACAUGUCAAUUGUGGUCGCAUAUGUCAUACAAGAAACAUUCCAUCGUGGGGGGAAGUUACGACUAAAGCUUACUAGCUACACUGUGAUGGGGAUAAAACAGCCUGCGAUGAAGACCAAUUUUAAAGAAACUUACAUAAAGAAUACGCUUUUUUGACCAUGUGGUUUUGAAAACAAUUUUUUUAAUUUUAAAAGCGUGCUGAACAAACAAGAAUGAAACGUUUAAAAAGUCUUUAGAAUCAUAUAGCAUGCUGAGAUCAUCAUUUAAGUGGAGAUUCCACUGAAUUUAUUAUUUAAUCAAAACACAAUUGAGUGGAUGCGAUAUAACAAAUGUAAGCAAAUAACUUUUAUUUGAGUUGAAGUCCUCUGUUGUUGUUUUUUACUUCAAUGUGAAAGAAUUAUAAACAAGAAGUCAACACAAUAAAAUUUUAUAGUUUCAUUACUGAACAUUAAUUGCUUGUAAUGUGUUUAUAAAUCGUUUAUUAUGUAGUUCUGAUGUAAAACGAUUUCGAUAAAAAAACUUGAUAUGCUGCAUAUUAGAGUCUCUGCGGAGAAUAUAUUUUAAGCGAAGUAAUUGUGUAUAUAUUUACAAAUAAAAUAUGUUUAUGUCGGGAUAAUUUUAUAACAAUUUAUCACUGGGAGAAGUAAAGGUUUUAGAAUGAUUUCGAUAUACGUGUGUUUGGUAUAAUUAGAAAACAUGGGUUUUAUAUUGUCAUAUGGAGUUAGGAAUGAUCGCAAUUCAUAGUUAAAUUGUCAUUUCUUAGUAUAAUUUGUAUUUUUAGUUAAGCAUUUAGAAAAAGUUUCAAGUUGUGUACACAUACACACACUGGGAAAAAGACGUUGUUUGAAUAGUAGUUAUGUAGCUUGGCUGUUUAUUUAAGAUAUCACCGACAGCGCUGGAAUUUGAUUCAUUUAAUUUCUUAACUUAGAAGGAGCUGCCAUAUAACAUCCAGCAUGAACACUCUCCCUCGUGAUGUUUUUACUGUCUCUAAACGUGAAUUGGAACAGUUCAAACAAGGGAGGAGAGUUGGUUGCUAUCUUCUCGGUAAAACGGUUGGAGAAGGUUCUUUCGCUAAAGUUAAAGAAGCAAUGCAUAUUGUAACUGGUGAAAAGGUUGCAGUUAAAAUCAUCGAUAAAAAACGAGCUCGAGAGGAUCGAUACAUUUGUAAGAAUCUUCGAAGAGAAGCGAGAAUACUUCAACUUGUUCGACAUUCAAACAUCAUACAACUUCUGGAGGUGCUAGAGACAGACAACUAUUAUUACUUGGUGAUGGAGUUUUGCGCGGGAGGUGAAUUACUUGAUUAUAUCUGUUCAAAGAAAAGGUUGGAAGAAAACACUGCCAAACGAAUAGUGGCUCAGCUUGUGUCAGCCGUUGACACAAUGCACAAAGCGGGAAUUGUGCACAGAGAUUUAAAAAUUGAAAACUUUCUACUGAAUGAAAACGAAGACCUAAAGAUUAUAGAUUUUGGUUUGAGUAACACAAUGCCAUCUCCGUGCAUGACCACGUAUGAAAAGACAGGCGUAUUUCCGCAGUCUUUAAACACACAUUGUGGAAGUCCGGCGUAUGCAGCACCGGAAUUACUGGCGCAAAAGCAAUACGGACCACAAGUCGAUGUUUGGAGCAUUGGAAUUAACAUGUAUGCUAUGUUGACUGGAUUUUUGCCUUACAUGAUGGAACCUUUUAACGUUAUGGAGAUGUAUGAGAAGAUGAUGCAAAGAAAAAUGACUCCAGUGCCAGGAUUUCUUUCAAAAGAAUGUCGCGAUUUGCUCAUGAGGCUGUUGGAGCCUGUUCCCGAAUGGAGGAUCACGUUAAGACAAGUAAUAAAACAUAAAUGGUUCACUGGUACAGAUUAUAUCCCUAGAUGCACAUCACUUGGUGACGUGAUGUACGACAAGAAAGAAUUGUGUGAAAGUGUGCUGAGUUACAUGAAACAUAAUUUGAAAAUUAAAGCAAAAGACACCAUCAACGCAGUUGUUACAAACAGAGCAGUACAUAGCUCUGCCAUCUACCAUCUUUUGGUAAGAAGACUCGACCGUUAUUUGAAAGAAAAGAAACUUACUGACAAUAUAAACAAACAGUUUCCUAAAGUCGAAGUGAUUAAGAAAGCAAUUUUAACAAACGAUAAUACCACAAGCAAAACAAAGAAGUUUUCCUUUCAUGGACGGAAAAUCGAACCAGGUAGUAGAUCGCAACCCGCGUUAGCGCACGAAAUUACGAAUAACUUAGAAGACAAAACGACUGUAAACGAAUCGAAAAACUGUAGCAAUGUACAUUUCGACGAAAAUAAUAACCAUUACACGAGAAUUCAUGAACGGGAAACGCAAAAAGCGAAAGACUCUCAAAAUAAGGUUGUUAAAAGACACGUACGUUCUUCGAGUUCGGCCGAUUCCAAUACGUUAUUGAGUACGAUACGGAACAGUCUAACGUGUAGUACGGAAGAUCUUUCAAAAUAUUCACCAGAACCUCACUUACCCAAACAAACGUUUAAUCGUAAAGAAGAAAGUUUUGUAACAUCCAGAAAAAAAUCUUUUGACGGGAUUCUCGACGAAGCGUUAGAUUCUCCCAACGGUGACGAUAACGAGAUCGAUGUGACGAUAUAUCUAUUACCUGACGAUGAAAAACAAAAUAAAGUGUCUCUGGAUCCUUCGGAAGAGAAGAAACCAUUGCUUAGAAGAAAAUCAUCGUCUAUAGAUCUGCCGAUUGACGACAGCGAGGAAAACGUCAAAGAACAGAAAGAACCGUGCCCAGGUUGGUCAAUCACGAAAAUUGUAAAACAGCCACCUUUAAAAACCGAACAUAUCAUAAGAGACAACGCUCAUAAAGAUUCGCCAGGAAACUCUGUUAAUCAGAUUAAUUUACGCGAGGGCUCUACAUCUCCUAUCAUCAGCACGCAUAAAAAGAUAUCUACAAAAACACUUAGCGAUCCCGGCAUUGACAAAACCGUAAAAAAGUUUGAACAAACGAGAAGAAACUCGGAAAAACUAAAAACGGUACGACCUGACUCGCCAGAAAAAUCCCAAACAAUACGAAAACCGGAAACUCCGGAAAUAUUACGUACUAUACGACGGCCUGAAACACCGGAUUUUAAUCAUAAUUUUACAGUAAUUGCUAAUAACGACACUGACUGUAAUUCUAGAACAAAACACACAAACUUUAAGAAGGACAAAAGACGUGAGAAAGCGGUUAAUGAACAAUCGUUUAGUGCUGAACCAUUAAACAGAGUGUUAUCACGUGACACUGCAACACCAGAAUUAGAAGAUAUUUUACAAAACGUUCGGUAUAUUAAUAAAAACCAUCUAAAUCAAAACAUAACUGACAUAGACCGACUUUUAUCCACACCUGAGUCUGAAAAUUCUUGGAAACCACCCGAUAAAGAAACAAUGAGGACGAUACACGAUUCAAAGAUGCGUGUGAGACGCGUAUUUUCUGCAGACAACACAGAUUCAAAUACUCCGUCUCCAGUAAAUAUGUCACCGUGGAUAUUAAAGCAACCCGAAACGGGAAAAACGGAUGAAAACAACAAUAGCGACAGCACUAAAAUACAACUCGAACUUAAUGAUGCCCCGCCGAAAGGAAUGGUGAAAAGCCGAAUGGCAAAACUCGAAAGUUUAGAUAAGGGAGAUGAACAGCCUCAUCAAAAAGAAGAGAAUUCGUCACAGAUAAGACCUUUCAUAAACAAGAUCAUGACAGGGAAGAAAACUUUAGAACUAAACGUUAAACAAUUUGCUCAAUUCAAGUUUGACGACAAACCAAAGAAUGGCGAGAAUGCACACACCUUCGAGAGCAUGCGUUACAGUCAGCAGAAAGGCCUGGUCGUGUUAAAACCGCUUGAAAUUAACUUUAAUUUCAAAUUACUUCGCAAGAAGAAGCCUUAUCAGAAGCAACAAACACGUUCCUUGACAGAUCUCACUACUGCUGGAAGUAACGACAUAACACCCUGUGCUACACAGAUACUGUCUCCAAAAGUCAAACAUGGCAGCGAAGACGUGAAAAGUCCAGGUUUAACGAAGCAAUCGGAGGAGGCUUCACUUCACACGAAUAACAUGGCGAGCAAGAACGAAGGUGGAUCGAAGAUUUUUAAAACUGUCGUGAAAAUCACAAGUUUUGGAAGCAAAAGCACAAAGUCAAAUAAAACUAAGAUAUUCAUUUCUGGCAAAAAAGAUGGAAAUGAUGAAUCAAUAAAACACGAUAACAAAAAGACGAUACAAACGAAGAAAACUACGACGAUCAAGAAAACAUCACAUGGCGACAAAGAGUUUACGACCGACGAAUUAACUGAUCAUCGUAGAAAACUCGACUCGUCGUCAGACAGCGGUUAUUUUGGGAACAAUUACUCAUCAUCGACCGACGAUGAAAACCAAGCUUCAAUUCCACGUGUCGGAACGCCGCCAAAGAAAUCCGAAAAAUUGAUGUUACAUGAAGUUCAACAAGCUAAGUAUCGUUGCAAUCCAGUUCAUAAACCUGAAAUUACAACGACACCACGAGUUUAUACCCACGAUUCGUCGGGAGAUUUAGACGUCAUACGAGAAGAAAGUAACGAUCCAAGAAAUGCAGCCAGAGUGAAACGGUCCGGCAGUUUAAACGUGGAGCGAACGCAGGAGAGACUAGGUUUUAUACCUCGAUCAGCAGAAUUUAAAAGAAAUAUUUUGAAACAACACAAGGACGAACAAAAUAAGCGAGACCAACACCAUGACAACAGCCAAGUAACAAACAGCGUAGCCAUUAAGAAAAAGAUUAGAACUCAGUCAUGCAAGCAAUAUCCGAUUGAAAGGACAGUGAUUGGAUCAGCAAGUCCAAAAUUUCACAGAACAGCGUCAUUUGGCAUGACAAGGUCAACAUCGCGAUCGUUGCCUGUUUCACCUUGCCCCUCUCCAACGCUAUUUGAUGCCAGUUUUGAGAAAAGCAAAAUUAUGGCGUUUACACAUGCCUUAGAAAAAGCUGCUUGGCGAAAACGAGGCUCUUGUAGUUCUAUGAGUGCGCAUUAAAAAGUUGAUGAGGUCAACAAAUAGUUCGGUAGAAUACACACGUACAUUAAGUCGUAAUAAUAUUUAACUUUUAUCUAUGGUUAUAUUAAAGUAGCAACUUACACAAAGGCCAUGCCUACUUUGGAUAACCAAAACACAAAUUUUGUAAAUAAGAUUACCAUCUUGGCUUGAAGAUCAAGUCUUGAUUUUAAAUAGUUUAUUAAAAAUAUUAUUUUUUAAAAAUGUAGCUUUAUUAUUUUAUACUUAUAUUAUAUACAUC